GAGUCACAAGCACGGCGAACCCGCGCGAUCGUCGCAGUUGCGAAAAGGAUCCCGUUCGUUUCGCUCGUGUUGCCGAAGAGCAAUACGGCGAAGAUCGAACAGCGUCACUUACUUCAAAGUUCACCUCUCAUCGCUCACGUAUUUAUCUAUACCAUACGUGCAUAUAUAUAACGUAUAUAUACAUAUCACGAUGGCGGUGAUACAAAUGUUAUUCUUCCUCGGUACGGCGUUUUUCACGCUUGUCAAAGUUGACACUGCUCCGACGAAAUAUGAUCAGCGACAGGAGGGCGAUUUCAACUUGCACGCCCAACUGGAUAAUCUUCUCUUCGUCGUAGCCAUCCCCAGCAACAAUGAUCUGCUCAGCGACCUGGCGUUGCAGGCUCUCGAGCUCAAGCAGCAAUUGGUCUCCCGGUCAAGUUCGUCGAAGGAACAAGAAUCAAUCAGAUCCGACAAAGAAAAUCGUGGCAUGGAGCCUUGGAAAGGAGCUGUGGAAAUUAUACAGAUAAACGAAAAUCAUUCGAAUAAAGGAAGUUCGGUGCAAAAAACAGAGGGAAAAAAUAAAGAAACGACGAACGUUUCGAAUCAGCAGACAAUCUUUUCGCUCGCUACCGAGCAGCAACAAGAUAAAGUGGAAAAGGACGACAGGAUCGCGAAAAAUGUGAAAGCUUUCGAUUUUCCCAAGAGUCGCGAGGAACCGGCUAUUAUAGGAUACUUCGUGGACGCGAGAAAAAUACUUGGAUCCAAGAUUGAGGAUGAUGGACGGGCGCGAAAUGUAGUUGAGAAUGUUUGGAAUUCCGACAUCGAAUCAGGAAGGCCGGGGACGGCGUUGAAGAAACAAUUGCUUCGCAGAGAAGAGAAUGUCGCGCUGCCCUCAUCGAACGCUGAUAAGAACGACGUGGCUUCAUUAUCUGAGGAUAAACAACAGAAUGAGCUAAUAUUGUUAGGCGGCGGUAUCGAGAACUGCGGUCCAGGAAGACAUCGCGACGUAUCCGGCAUCUGCCAGUUUGACGAGUCGACCAGGGCUUUUUAGCAGCUUCAAGUUCCAAUAAUUAUAGUUUUUAAACAUUGAGAUACGCUACUUAAUAUCGUGAUUAUCUCUCUUGGUGCAAUAUUUCAUUUUCCUCUUUUUGUCUUUCUAGCAAAUGUUAUACCAGAUCUAUUAUAUAUUAUAUCGAUCUCAAAAAGUUCGUUAUUUUUUUUGUUUAUUAGUGCAAAAGUCAUGUCGAAGAAAAGCAACGAAUUUUUUGAUUAAUUAAAUGCUUAGAACGGGCUAAAAUGCGAAAUGGUUGUUGUUUUAUAUAAACCAAUGUAUGCGCGAAAGUUACACUAUAUGUAUCUAUCAAGCUUCAAAUAAAAUAUUUAAACAACAAUAACAA